ACAGCUCCUCCGCCCCUUUCUCCCCAUCUGCCAUUUUGGUUUUGUUCCCGUCUGCAGUCGCAAAGCCAGCAACGCAAUUACAUAGAAGAGACUCUCAGCACAACGACAUAGUGACUCGACAAUAUAGCGCAGACCAUCCUUAGCCCGCAUCGCGUUUCUUUUCUUUGUACAAAUCGUCGAAUUUACAUCCAUUGUUAUUAACUGACAUCUAGCUAUAUACUGCGGGAGAGGAGCGGGUUUGCAUUGGGAAGGGACCGAGAAGGAUUAUUGAUGUCCAGCUCGCCGCUGUCCAAGAAGCGUCGCUUGUCAGGAACAGAGACGAAGACGGGAUCCCACUGCUCCUCCUCUAACUCUGUCAGAACUGAUCUGUCCCACACACCUGCCAACGGCAUGGCUAAGAAUGGCAAUGAUGCUGAGAUUGAUGAAGGCCUGUACUCCAGACAACUUUACGUGUUGGGCCAUGAAGCAAUGAAGCGCAUGCAGAACUCCAAUGUCCUAAUCUCUGGUAUGAGAGGUCUUGGAGUUGAGAUUGCCAAGAACAUCAUCCUGGGAGGAGUUAGAAGUGUCACUGUGCACGACCAAGGAGUUGCAGAAUGGAGAGACCUCUCCUCUCAGUUUUACCUUCGGGAGGAGGACCUAGGGAAGAACCGAGCAGAGGUGAGUCAGCACCGUCUGGCUGAACUCAACAGCUACGUUCCUGUGAAUGCCUACACCGAAGCACUCACCGAAGACUACAUGACCAAGUUCCAGGUGGUAGUGCUGACUAACUCCACUUUGGAAGAGCAGCUGCAAGUGGGAGAGUUCUGCCACAGCAAAGGAAUCAAGCUAAUCGUGGCAGACACACGUGGUCUGUUUGGCCAACUUUUCUGUGACUUUGGUGAGGAGAUGACAGUGUACGACACCAAUGGAGAGCAGCCGCUGAGUGCCAUGAUUUCCAUGAUCACCAAGGACAAUCCAGGGGUUGUGACAUGUCUGGAUGAGGCUCGUCAUGGCUUUGAGAGUGGAGACUAUGUCACCUUCACAGAGGUUCAGGGUAUGACAGAGCUCAAUGGCUGCCAGCCAGUGGAAAUUAAAGUUCUGGGUCCCUACACCUUCAGCAUCUGUGAGACAUCAGGCUUUACAGAUUACGUAAGAGGAGGAAUUGUUUCCCAGGUCAAGAUGCCCAAGAAGAUUUCUUUUAAAUCCAUCUCUUCCUCCAUGACUGAGCCAGAGUUCAUACUGACAGACUUUGCCAAGUUCGAGCGUCCAGGACAGCUGCACGUGGGCUUCCAGGCUAUCCACGCCUUCCAGAAGAAACACAACCACCUUCCUGCACCUUGGAACCAGGCUGAUGGUGAUGAGCUAUUGACAUUAGCCAAAGAGGUGAACUCUGCCCAGACGGGGUCAGCUAAAGUCGAGCAGUUGGAUGAAGCUCUUAUCAAAAAGCUGUCAUUUGUUGCUGCUGGUGACCUGGCCCCUGUCGAUGCCUUUAUUGGAGGUCUGGCUGCACAGGAAGUGAUGAAGGCAUGCACUGGAAAAUUUAUGCCCAUAAUGCAGUGGCUGUACUUUGAUGCCCUGGAGUGCCUUGCUGAAGAGGAAGGAGUCGAGCUCACAGAGGAAGAGUGCGCCCCUAGGAACUGUCGAUACGAUGGGCAGAUUGCAGUGUUUGGCACCAAGUUGCAGGAUAUGCUUGCCAAACAGCGCUACUUCCUGGUCGGAGCUGGUGCAAUUGGCUGCGAGCUGUUGAAAAACUUUGCCAUGAUUGGACUGGCAGGCGGGGAGGGAGAGGUCAUUGUGACAGACAUGGACACCAUAGAGAAGUCCAACCUCAACAGACAGUUCCUCUUCAGACCCUCAGACGUUACGAAAAUGAAGAGUGACACAGCUGCCGCUGCAGUAAAGCAGAUGAACCCCUCCAUCAGGAUCACAGGUCACCAGAACAGGGUGGGCCCUGACACAGAGAGGGUCUACGAUGACGACUUCUUUGAAAGCCUUGAUGGAGUGACAAAUGCACUGGACAAUGUUGAUGCACGUAUGUACAUGGAUCGGAGGUGUGUGUACUACCGCAAACCCUUACUGGAGUCUGGUACUCUGGGUACCAAAGGCAAUGUCCAGGUUGUGAUCCCCUUCCUCACAGAGUCGUACAGCUCCAGCCAAGACCCACCUGAGAAGUCCAUCCCCAUCUGUACCCUCAAGAACUUCCCAAAUGCCAUUGAACACACACUGCAGUGGGCCCGUGAUGAGUUUGAGGGACUAUUCAAACAGCCACCAGAGAACGCCAUGCAGUACCUCUCAGAUCCUAAAUUCAUGGAGCGUACUCUGAAACUCCCCGGAGCUCAGCCUGUGGAGGUGCUGGAGGCUGUUUACAAAAGUCUCGUCACAGACUGCCCCCACAGCUGGGCUGACUGUGUAGCCUGGGCACGCAACCACUGGCAGUGCCAAUACAGCAACAACAUCCGCCAGCUACUGCACAACUUCCCCCCAGAUCAGCUCACCAGCUCUGGUGCCCCCUUCUGGUCUGGCCCAAAGAGGUGUCCUCACCCCCUAGAAUUCAGCACUAGCAAUGAGCUGCACAUGGACUAUGUAAUGGCAGGAGCCAACCUGUUUGCCCACACGUACGGCAUGCAAGGCAGCACUGAUCGUGCAGGUGUGAUUAAGAUCUUGCAGGACGUCAAGGUGCCACCCUUCACCCCUCGUUCAGGGGUUAAAAUCCACGUCUCUGACCAGGAGCUGCAGAAUAGCAAUUCCUCUGUUGAUGACUGCAGACUGGAGGAGCUGAAGGUCCAGCUGCCUUCCCCUGAGACUUCCCAGUUCAAACUGUGCGCCAUUGACUUUGAGAAGGAUGAUGAUACCAACUUCCACAUGGACUUCAUUGUAGCAUCAUCCAACCUGAGGGCGGAGAACUACGACAUUCCCCCCACGGACAGACACAAGAGCAAACUGAUAGCUGGCAAGAUCAUUCCUGCUAUCGCCACGACCACGGCUGCAGUGGUGGGCCUGGUGUGCCUGGAGCUCAUCAAGAUUGUCCAAGGACACAAGAAGCUGGAAUCUUUCAAGAAUGGCUUCAUGAACUUGGCCCUGCCUUUCUUUGCCUUCUCUGAGCCCAUCGCUGCUCCAACACACAAGUACUAUGAAAUCGAUUGGACGUUGUGGGAUCGCUUCGAGGUCACAGGGUUGCAGCCCAAUGGAGAGGAGAUGACACUCCGACAGUUCCUGGACUACUUUAAAAAUGAGCAUAAGUUGGAGAUCACCAUGCUUUCUCAGGGAGUGUCCAUGCUCUAUUCUUUCUUCAUGCCUGCUGCCAAACUCAAAGAGAGACUGGACCUGCCGAUGACGGAGAUUGUCACCAAGGUGUCCAAAAAGAAGCUAGGCAAGCAUGUGAAAGCCCUGGUGUUUGAGCUGUGCUGUAAUGACCUGUCAGACGAAGACGUGGAAGUGCCCUAUGUCAGAUACACCAUCCGCUGAGCUCCACAAUGAUCCCAUCCACAGGAGGGUGGGAAGGGUGUGGGUGUUGAGGAGGGAAUUGGGGAUGGGUGGAUUGAUCCAGGUCAGCUCUAUUGGAUCAAUCAGUUUUUUUUAGGCCUGUGGUUUGUGUAAACCUGUGCCUGAGUGUACAUAGCCCCAGUAAGCUGAUUUAAGGUUAAUUGUAUGUGUUAGGUAUCCAGUUGUUGGUUGGCUGUGGGAACGGGGGGGGGGGGGGGGUCAUUGGAGGAAGGGAGCAUGUAUACUGGACCUCUUGAUGUUUCUCAGUAGCAGAACCUUUCCGCUCAGUUUAAUUCUAAGCAUUACUGUUCUCUUGGUACUCCAAAGCCCAGCCACUGUCCCACUAAAACAUCCUCAAACUCUUUACUAGCCUUCAGCACUUAAGGAGGGAUCUUUUUAAUCCAGCCAACUGUCUCCCCUCCACUCUACUUGCUCUCUUCCCUCUUCCAACCCCUGUCUCAUAGACCUGGUCCCACAUUACUGUUUUUUUUUUUUUUGUUUUUUUUUUAUAUAUAUAAAGAUGCACCUCAUUAAAUAAAAACUUCAGCCAAGAAUGGCUACACAUGUAUUGAAAAUUCAUUUUGCUGCCAGGCCGUAUCCUUGCCCUUAAUUCUACCCAAGACCCCACAUUUGAAACUGUAGGAGCACCUGAGGACACCGCUAAAUCCGAGUCAGCAGCCCCUCCUUGGCUGGAAAGUAAUCUGAGUAUCUCACGCUGGCCUAAUAUGAACCCUUGCUGGCUUGAGAUGCCACUACACCCACCUCAACUAGCACUCUGGCUUCGGAGGGGCUCUUGCACAUGACAUCAGUUUUCUCUUUAUUGUCUUUAUAUUUCAUGUCUUUUGUUCAUUUCUAUUUUAUUUUUAUUUUUUUUGGGCGGGGGGGAGGGGGAGGCCGACAGUUUUACCACCUUGUAGAUCAUAAACAGUCUUUCUACUUUGUUAACUCCAAAUGACAUUACAGUAUAAGAGCAAGGCAAUGAGAUGGAUCUUGAAAUGGGAGCACUUAGUGUGAUAGUGAAUAAACAUGUAAAAACUCA